AUGAAGAACUUGGAGGAAGAAUUAACCUGUUCCAUUUGCUAUAGUAUAUUUGAAGACCCGCGUGUACUCCCGUGCUCUCAUACGUUUUGUAGAAACUGUCUGGAAAAUGUUCUUCAGGCAUCUGGUAACUCUUACAUAUGGCGACCAUUAAGAAUUCCACUGAAGUGCCCAAACUGUCGAAGUAGGGUUGAAAUCCCCCAGUCGGGUAUUGAGUCUUUGCCUGUCAACUUUGCUCUCAGGGCCAUCAUUGAGAAAUAUCAGCAGGAAGACCACCCAGACAUUGUCACCUGCGCCGAGCAUCACAGUCAACCCUUAAACGUUUACUGUCUGUUAGAUAAAAAAUUAGUCUGUGGCCACUGCCUUACAAUCGGUGAACAUCACGGUCACCCCAUAGGUGACCUUCACAGUGCCUAUAUGAAAGAAAAGGACACACCGAUUGAAUUGUUUGAACAGUUGACUGAUAGACAUUGGACGGACCUAAACGUACUAAUGGAAAAACUGGAGCAACAGCAGUCUCAUUGUGAAAAAAUCGUCGAGGACGAUAGAGAAAGCGUCCUCAUGUAUUUUAAUCAACUUAGAGAAAUUUUGGACCAGAAGAAAGAGACUUUGCUAUCUGCUCUGGAUGCUGUCAGGGCCCAAAUCGUCGAGGAAUAUUCCCCACUCCUUGCGACGGUGAAGGAAAUCCGAGAGGAGCAGCUGGAGUUAAUGUUAUCGACCGUGGCCCUGCAAGAAGAGGAGUCGCCUCUGAAUUUUCUGGAGAAACUGGAUGAUGUCCGUCAGCGGGUACAAGCUGUGAGACAAAGGCAGCUUCCUCCCCUCAAACCCGUGGAAGUUCAGCCGCGAGUAGGUCUGCUGAUGAAGGAAGAGUGGUCUAAAGUUGAAAUUGGGCAGGUCAACAACGUUCUCAUUCCGGAGAUCAAACUCUCUUCCAGAGAGGUGUUAUGCAAUCGGACUGGUGACGACAACAAGGAAAUGAAGGAGCUUUUAAAGUUUUUAACUUGUAUAUUGGCAGUGGUUUCCGCGCUGGCGACGACACACAUGUUGGUUGGGGAACACGUGUCACCGAUAAGUUUUUCUGUUUCAGAAGCUUCCCAGUCGGUGUAUCAGAUGUUCUUUAGCAGUGUGUAUGCAAUCAAGGAAAUACUGUGCUAUGCUUGCAACUCGGUGGGGGAAUUCAUAUGGAAAAUGGCUCAUAAUCGGUCCUUCUAACAGAGGAGUAGUGAGGAUAGAUAACCCAGUAUUUUAACCUCCUCCAGCGUUAGACUUCAAACCAACUGAAACAAGUACACUGACAAGAUUUGUCCCAAAUCUCAGGCUUCUCAGAGUCCCUCUGGAGGAAGUGCUAAUGUGCCUUCAUGGGAUGGGAAGAGGAGCUGAACUGGAUUAUUGGCUCAUGAAUAACCCAGUUAAUCAAUUAUCUCCUCCCCAUAUAGUUAUUUGAAUCCUACCAAGACCUAUUUCUCGUUCUGGUUGGCUAAUGAAAGUUGUCUAUUUUAAACCAUCUCUUUCUGUUGUACAGUGAGUCUCUUGUAAGGUCAUUUCCUGUUGCUAUAGUCCUGAAUCAUGUGGGGAAUAGUUUUUUGUUUUUUUGUUUCGUGUGUGUGUGGUCCUUUAUUGUGAAAGAUGUCAUUAGUGGAUAAAUUCAUCUGACCAAAAAGACCAAAGUGGGGCACAGGGCAAGGAGGGAAAACAAAAAUUUUGCUCUAACGUGAAGUGGGCUAAACUGAACUUAGUGGGAGCUCUGUGCAUGCAAGAGGAAAGAAAAUAGAGGACCGGGAUGGUCAGAGUGGUGAAGUUGAGGGCAAAAUGGUAUAAAUUCAGAAUAGUGUCACUUUAUCAUUUGAGAACCUCUGGAGGAAGUGUUGCUCAGGGGACAGCCCUUAUGGCAGAUAUGGGAACUCAGCAGAAGGGAAUGAGGCAUAUAGGCCCUAUUGCCUUCUGUCCACUCAUCUAUUACACCAGGAGGGCUCUGCUUCAGUAUUUCCAUGUGCAAGUGUUGUAAGCGGUUGAAGAAGAGGGAGGUGUAAACUGCGGCGGUAGAAUUUCUAAAAAAGGUGAAAAAUCCUUCAUCUGGGGUGCUACCUUCUGGUGCAUAGGAUGAGGAAUUACUGCUUCUCAGGCAAACGGUCAAAUCAGGCUACUUCUUAGCAGUGUUAGUGUUCUGCCAUGUGACCUAAAACAAGUGCCAAAUGUCAGCAUUUGCAACUCAUCCUUUUUCCUAAUAUUAGGCAAAUGGAAGUGAAGGCAGGGCAGCACGGAAUGAGUCCGACUUUCCUCAUCAAGCCUUCACGGUAAUAUCAAUCAGUUCUGUCAUCCCUGUACCGCCUCAUACCUUCCAAUAACUAACUUGCUCACUUAGAAAUUACAACUCAGGAGGUCAAGAAUCUCUGGUCUGUGGUCUGAGGAGACAUUGGAGUGAUCCUAGUUAUUGGUAAGAGUGUGAGUUAAAUAUCUUCUUUACUUCUUUAAAUAUUAAGUCAGUGAAUGGAUCCUAUGAGCUGUAGGUGCUGUAUGUUUAGGAUUGUUAUUUUUGUUUUGGCACUAGGCUUCUUGCUAAGAAUCCAGAGUAGCUUCUUCAAGCUGGGUGGGUUUGGUUUUACCCCUAAGUGUCCUAUAAUUUUUCUUUCUUAAAGGGAAACAAGCUGCUCUCUUUACUUUUUUCAGUUAGGACCAAAAUGUAGCACUUCUCCCAUGUAAACACUGAAUUAGUUGGUAUUAACUUAUUUCAAGAAAUGAUUUUAUAUUGUCAAAGAUUAUAUACUAAAGAAUUUUAUGGCUGGGAAUAAAUGGAAAUGAUCUUUAUGAAACCUGAAGUGCUCUUGUCAAGUUCUAUAUUCAUCCACUUAAAUGAAGUAUGAUCUAAAAUGUGGCACAGAACACCCUGAAAUUGUGUAUGGUUUUAUAAAAAGUGGCAUAGACUUGUUCUUUUAAAGAGACUUUCCAAAUGCAAAUUUCUAUGGACAGUCUUUUUUUAUUCACUGUCAAGUUCUUUAAUUGAU